AUGAAGCCCCUUGUCUGUAUUCAAGCGCUUCUGCUUCUUCUGGUCUCGAGCGCCGCCCAGAUCAUAAAUCUCAAACCCGUUCCCAACUCCAUCCUCUUGGCCACUACCUUACACCCCCCGGUGAUCCUUCUCUCCUCCAACGAGACCGCAGCCGUCAAACGUGCUGCAGCGUCACUCUCCAUCGACUUCGGCCGUGUCCUCGGAAAGAACAGCACCAUCGUCUAUGACACCUUCAACACAUCCACAACUUUUCCCGUCCUGGUCAUCGGAACAUUAGGCUACUCCCCUCUCCUCAAGCUCCAAAACUCCUCCAUUCAGGGGGAAUGGGAAUCUUACACGCACGAAGUGAUUACGAACCCCUUUCCAGGUAUUUCUUCAGCCUUAUCAGUAGUUGGCAGCGACAAGCGUGGCACUGUCUACGGCAUCUACGCCCUCUCUGAGCAGAUAGGCGUCUCUCCGUGGUACUUUUGGGCCGAUGUUCCUGUCGCUCCCUCGACAUCCCUUCAUCUAUCUCUCGCCGGUACAAUUCAUACUCAAGGACCCCCCUCCGUGAAAUACAGAGGCAUCUUUAUCAACGACGAAGAAACCUGCCUCACCUCCUGGGCCCGUACCCGCUUCCCUCUCGCCUCAUCCGACCGCAACCGUCCCUUUACCUCUUCUUUCUAUGCUCACGUCUUCGAGCUCAUCCUCAGACUCAAGGGAAACUACCUCUGGCCCGCUAUGAAGAACAGCAUGUUCUAUGUCGACGAUGCUGCCAACGGCGCGCUCGCAGACGACUUUGGCGUGGUGAUGGGGACAAGCCAUCACGAACCCAUGGCGAGGGCGUACCGCGAGCAGGAACGGGACCUCGAUGGGAGGUGGGAUUGGAGCCUGAACAAGGAGAAUCUGACGGCUUUCAUGAGGGCAAGUGCGGAGAGGAGCAAGGACUGGGAAACGGUUUACACGAUGGGGAUGAGGGGAGAGGGGGACACCGAGUCGCCUACGCUUACUGCGCCACAGCUGGAGGAGAUCAUUGCGGUGCAGCAGGAGAUUCUGAACGCUACUCACGGGAGUCGUGCAAGUAGUUUACCCCAAGUUUGGGCAUUAUACAAGGAAGUCGGGAAGUACUACCAGCAGGGUCUCCAGGUCCCCGACGACGUGACGCUGCUCUGGACUGACGAUAACUAUGGCAAUCUCCUGCGCACGCCGUACCCCAACGAGACAUCGCGCACGGGAGGUGCUGGAGUAUAUUACCACGUAAACUAUGUUGGCCGCCCCAAGAUUUAUGAAUGGAUCAACACCAUCCAGUUGGUCAAGACAUGGGAGCAGAUGCACCUUGCCUAUGAGAAAGGGGCUAGAGAGGUUUGGAUUGUGAAUGUGGGAGACAUCAAACCUCUGGAGAUACCCAUGACCCAUUUCCUCGACAUGGCCUGCGACAUGUCUCUACACCUCACGCCAAUGAGCACGACAAUCUGGCUCGAAACGUGGAUAUCAAAGACGUUCUCCCCAGAUAUCGCGUCCGCCGUUGCGGACAUCUUGAACCGAUAUGGCCGGCUGGUCAACCGACGAAAGUAUGAGACGCUCAACAUGCCGCCGUUCGUGUACAGCACACUCUUCUACGAUGAGGCUUCCACGGCUCUUGAGGAGUGGGAGACUCUAUUAGAAGAAACCUCGAGGGUCUACGAGGGACUUGGAGAAACAUGGCGAGGCGCGUUUUACCAAAUGGUUUUACACCCUGUAGAGGCUGGGAAGACGGUCAACGAGCUGUAUAUCAAGGCCGAAGGCGAGGGCGGCUUUGCCCGGGACAAAGAAAUCUCGGCAGAGUACAACGGGAACAAUGGGGGUAAGUGGAAGGGGAUCAUGUGUCAGGUGCAUAUCGGGUACACACUGUGGUACGAACCGAGUAGCGACGUGAUACCGAACCUGGAUCAUGUCAGUGAUGCGGAUGUGCCAGCGUCCGGGAUUAUGGGAGUUGCUGGGCAGGGCGCGGUCGGUGAUGUGGAUGAGAGGGAGAUAGUCUUGUUAGAGAUGGAUCCGUACUUGCCGCCCGGGCAGAGUCGGUGGAUUGACGUAUUUUGCCGUGCGAAUGGGACGUUUGAGUGGCGGAUUGAGUCGAACGUGUCGUGGGUCGGGGUGGACAAGGAUGAGGGGACACUUGAGGCCCCUGCAGAUAUGGAUGAGGCGCGGGUGAACAUCGAGGUGGAUUGGUCUUCUGCCCCCAAGGGGCAUAGCACCGCUGCCCUAACCGUUCAGAGGAAUGACACAGAGGAUGCGGUCACGGUUUUACUUCCCAUUUUCAAUCCUCCCGUUGUCGAGGAGGACCUGGUCGGACGCUGGAUUGAGUCUGGCGGCGUGGUAUCCAUCGAAGCAGCGCAUUACUCUGCCAUCGAAACGAAGAACGGGGUCUCGUACGUCGAAGUCCCAUUCUAUGGCAAGACACACUCGGGAGUCAAACUUUGGCCAGUAGGUGUCGAGUCGUUGACUCAAUCCACAGCGCCGAAGCUGCGAUAUGACUUCUUCACAUUCACCGAAUGUCAAGACGUCAAGGUACGGAUGUAUCUUGGCGGCUCGAGGAACCACGACAUGACGCGGCCGCUGAAGUAUGCUUUUACUGUCGAUGACAGGGAGGCUAUCGUUGUACAACCGGUUGGUGACGCGGGACUCGGAGAGGAUCCAGAAGGAUGGGCUGAUUCUGUCAUUACUGGGGGAUGGAAUGUGACGACAAAUGUGACGGGGGAAAGCUUGAAGGCUGGGAGGCAUGAGUUGGGAGUUUGGCUGCUGGAGCCGGGAGUUGUGGUACAAAAAGUUGUUGUUGAUCUUGGGGGCGUUAGAGCGAACGGAUUGGGGACGCCGGAGAGUCUGAUACUGCAGGAUGCUCGUUGA